UAAAUUUGAUCAUGGACAAUAUACCCAAAGAAGAAUGGAAAGAACAAAUACAAGAGUAUGAAAGUCAAAUAGACGAGACAGUCCAUUCGAAGCAACUCAUACAGCCCAAAUAUUAUCCCUUUAUAUUGGGCACAUUAGCUUCCAUGACUGGCAUGCUUUUAGGCUUAGAUAUGAGCACUAUCAGUGGAGCUAAUCUUUUCAUGCCUGAAGAUCUUCAUUUAAAUACGAAGCAAUUCUCUCUUGUUUCCUCUGGUGCUGCUUUGGGGGCUAUACCGGGAGCUAUUUUACUGACGCCUAUCAAUGAAUGGAUUGGAAGAAAAUAUGCCCUAGUCGUUUGUUGUUUAAUCUUUACCAUAGGAGCUAUUUUAGAAGCAGCUGCACAUUCAUAUGGAAUAAUGAUUGCUGGUCGUAUUUUAGUCGGUGUAGGUAUAGGACUAUCCUCUACAGCUCCUGUUUAUGUUUCGGAGUCAGUGAAGAAAGAAAUUCGUGGAAAGUUAGUCGUAUUAUUUCAAUUUAAUAUUACAGUAGGGGAGGUCAUUGGAUAUGUUGUUGCUGCCAUAUUCGUCAAUGUUCCUGGAAAUUGGAGGUUCAUGUUAGGUUCUUCAUUGUUAUGGUCCACUCUUCUUUUAUUGUUCAUCUUAUUCCUUCCAGAGAGUCCAAGAUGGCUAAUGAAAAAGGGCAAAAAAGUUCAAAGCUUUUUAGUAUGGAAACGAAUUCGCAGCUUUGAGAAUCAAGAAAGCAUUACUGAAUUUUUCGAGAUGGAGAAAGCUGUAUUGGAAGAAAAGAAGUUGGCAGAAGCUCGACCAUUUUAUUGGCUGGAUAUUGUUCAAGUUCCUCGAUCUGCUCGAGCAUUUAUUGUAGCAAAUACUCUUGCUGGCAUUGUUCAGUUGGAUGGCAUCAAUUCGGUCGUGUACUAUAUCGGAGUACUGUUUAAGGAACUUGGUUUCAGUGCAGAAAAGUCGGUUUACAUGAGUUUGGUUGGAGGUGGCAGUUUGAUGUUAGGAACUAUUCCAGCUAUACUAUUACUUGAUAAAUGGGGACGUCGAAUGGUUGGUAUUGUUCCCAGUAUUGUAGUCUUCUUUGGUUGUAUUAUCAUUGGCUGUUCAUUUCUUUCCAAAAACACAAAAACAUAUGAAGGAAUUUACAUUUGGGGUCUGAUUACUUAUGAAUUAUUUUCAGGUAGUUUUCAAUCUCUUCCCUGGUUGACCUUUGCGGAAGUAUAUCCCACCUAUUUACGUAGCUUUGGAAUGACAAUUGCAGAUGCAUUUAUCUAUCUAUGGGCAUUUACAGUCACAUACAACUUUACAGGUAUGAGAAAUGCAAUGACCAACACUGGUCUCUUCGUUGGCUUCUAUGGUGGUAUAUCUCUUUUUGGAGUGAUCUUCAUCAUACUGUUUCUUCCGGAACUAAAGGGAAAGACUUUGGAGGAAGUGGAUGACAUUUUCUCACAGCCAAUGAAAGAAAUUGCACGACAAAAUCUUCAUAGUUCCAUCAACACUAUGAAGAAGCUAUUUUCCGGGAGAUGGAAGGAAAUAAUCGACACUAGUUCAUGAUUAUCUUGAUGUGUUUCAAUAAACCAAACAAGGACCUUCUUUUUUGCCACGACGUUGUUGUAAAGUUGUGUACUUCAGAUCACGAAGUGAGCGAUGCAUUCUCGUCUCUUAAUUUAUACAACUUUAGACAAUAAGUCAUCGAAAAGAUUAUACAAAAGAAGAUCAAUGGGUGGUAAAGACAAACCUUUCGAAGACAUCUAAAGAUUAAUUCAGACAGACUACUUGUUCCUGUGUCUAAACUUUGAACGAGACUCUUUCUUCAGAAAGCAUCAACAUAAGAUCCCAAUCGAAGAAAAUCAUGAUAUCUAUAAGAACAGGUUACAAAGUUACUUGUAUUCGAUAUCAAGAAUAGACAAUAACUUCGUCCUCUUGAAAAAGGCCAGAAAUACUUUGUUUCAAUGGAAACUUGCUGUUAUCCCAUCAAACUUUUGUUGCUGUGAAUGAAACUGUCUCGAAGAGUAUAUAGGAAAUAGAUAGAAAACCCAGUUGCUUUGUCUCGAAGAAUUGAGCCAAACUGACUUUAUACAAUAUUUGAAUAGUUUACCCUAGGCGAGGUGAUCGAAUAUUCUGGAGUUUGUUCCUGCUCGUAAUUCCGAUUAGGUAACAAUACAAUUUUGUUAAAGGCUUCCAGCAGAGAGAAAGUAUUUGACCUUGUUGUGUUGUUCUCUUUCUUGAGAUGAAUUAGCGUGUACUUG